CCGGGCUAGUGAGCCAGCUUACAGAUGGGCGAGAGAACCAGCUAGGUUCCGCCCCAGCGACUGCCCGCCUCCUUUUUAAGCGCCUCCCGCCCAACCUCAGCUCCCUCUGGCUUUGCCACGCUCCCUCCUUCCCCGCCUUCCUUGUCUCCCCGACUGCACUGGUUCCUGUGGCCAUCCCGCAGCGCCAGUCCAGGUGCCAUGGCUGCUAUGUACCUUCCCGGCCUGCGGCUUAGCUGGCACGGGCUGAGGCCCUGGUGCUGGUCACCAUGGCGCAGCAUCCAAACCCUGCAUGUGCUCAGUGGAGAUAUGAGACAGCUGCCGGCUGGAGUUCGAGACUUUGUGGAGCGCAGUGCCCACCUGUGCCAACCAGAGGGCAUCCAUAUCUGUGAUGGGACUGAGGCUGAGAACGCUGCCACACUGGCCCUGCUGGAAGAGCAGGGUCUUAUCCGGAAGCUCCCCAAGUAUGAGAACUGCUGGCUGGCCCGCACAGACCCCAAGGAUGUGGCACGGGUAGAAAGCAAGACGGUGAUUGUAACUCCUUCGAAGCGGGACACAGUGCCUCUCCUGGCUGGUGGAGCCAGUGGGCAACUGGGCAACUGGAUGUCCCCAGAUGAGUUCCAGAGAGCUGUGGACGAGAGAUUUCCAGGAUGCAUGAAGGGCCGCACCAUGUUCGUCCUUCCAUUCAGCAUGGGUCCCGUGGGCUCCCCACUAUCCCGCAUUGGAGUGCAGCUCACUGACUCAGCUUAUGUGGUGGCAAGCAUGCGCAUUAUGACCCGCCUGGGGACACCUGUACUAAAGGCCCUAGGAGAUGGUGACUUCAUCAAGUGUCUGCAUUCAGUGGGCCAGCCCCUGACUGGACAUGUCCCUGACACCCUGGAUUCUGAUGCCAGUGCCAGCAGCACUAUGACCCCUUUGUCUCCAGAGGAUCCUGUGGGCCAAUGGCCAUGCAAUCCGGAAAAAACCCUGAUUGGCCACGUGCCAGACCAGCGGGAGAUCGUCUCUUUCGGCAGCGGCUAUGGUGGUAACUCCUUGCUGGGCAAGAAGUGCUUUGCCCUGCGCAUCGCCUCUCGCCUGGCCAGGGAUGAGGGCUGGCUGGCAGAGCACAUGCUGAUUUUGGGCAUCACCAACCCUGCAGGGAAAAAGCGCUAUGUGGCAGCUGCUUUCCCCAGUGCCUGUGGCAAGACCAAUCUGGCCAUGAUGCGGCCCGCAUUGCCAGGCUGGAAAGUGGAGUGUGUGGGGGAUGACAUCGCCUGGAUGAGGUUUGACAGUGAAGGUCAACUCCGGGCCAUCAACCCCGAGAAUGGCUUCUUCGGGGUGGCCCCUGGUACCUCUGCUGCCACCAAUCCCAAUGCCAUGGCCACAAUCCAGAGUAACACUCUCUUCACCAACGUGGCUGAGACCAGUGAUGGCGGUGUGUACUGGGAAGGCAUUGACCAGCCUCUUCCACCUGGUGUCACUAUAACCUCCUGGCUGGGAAAGCCCUGGAAACCUGGUGACAAGGAACCCUGUGCACAUCCAAACUCUCGCUUUUGUGUCCCGGCUCGCCAGUGUCCCAUCAUGGACCCAGCCUGGGAAGCACCAGAAGGUGUCCCUAUUGAUGCCAUCAUCUUUGGAGGCCGCAGACCCAAAGGAGUACCACUGGUGUAUGAGGCCUUCAGCUGGCGUCAUGGGGUGUUUGUAGGUAGCUCCAUGCGCUCUGAGUCCACUGCAGCUGCUGAACACAAAGGAAAGACCAUUAUGCAUGAUCCCUUUGCCAUGCGGCCUUUUUUUGGCUAUAACUUUGGACACUACCUGGAACACUGGUUGAGCAUGGAGGGACGAAAAGGUGCCCGGCUGCCUCGUAUCUUCCAUGUUAACUGGUUCCGGAGAGAUGAAGCAGGCCGCUUCCUGUGGCCAGGCUUUGGGGAGAAUGCUCGUGUGCUAGACUGGAUCUGCCGAAGAUUAGAAGGAGAAGACAGUGCCCAAGAGACUCCCAUUGGGCUAGUACCAAAGGAAGGAGCCCUGAAUCUCAGUGGCCUCAGAGCAAUAGACACCAGUCAGCUGUUCUCCAUCCCCAAGGACUUCUGGGAACAGGAGGUUCGUGAUAUUAGGAGCUACCUGACAGAGCAAGUCAACCAGGAUCUGCCCAACGAGGUGUUGGCUGAGCUCGAGGCUCUGGAAGAACGUGUGCAAAAAAUGUGACCUGAGGCUCUAGGCUAGCAAAAGCAUAGCACCCCCAUCUGGGUAGAGAACCCCCAGGCUCACAGAAAACAUGAACAAUCUGACAUUAAAAUGUGUGAGUGUUGGGAAGCCAACCACAGGCCUCCCCAUGCUGUCUGCUAAGAGAUGUACACUUUUAUACAAGUUUGUUUUCACUUUCCAUGUGUCCUCAUAGGCUUCCUUCUAAUCAGUCUCCAUGCUGGCUCACAUAGUAGGAACUUCUGGAAAAAGGCAUUCUUCUGAAGAAAUGUAACCUGGUAUGGUGAUGCACACCUUUAAUCCCAGAGGCAGCCCAACCUCUGGGAGCUUCAGCCUACCUGGUCUACAUAGCAAGUGCCAGGUCAGCUGGGGCUAUAAGUAAGACCCAAUCCCCUCCACCAAAAAAAAAAAAAAAAAAAAAAAAGACCACAGCCCAGCCCAGCAGACCGCUUAGUGUGGAUUAGUAUUUUUGUUCCACACAGACAUUCAGAGGCCUCCUUCUCUAGAGGAAGCCAGUCCAGAACCAAUGUCCUCCUCCUGAUUUCCUCCACUUGCCUGGAACCAGGAGCCACACUUUUUAUUUUUUACUUGAGACAGGGUCUCAUGUAGAUCAGGCUGGGUCCAGACUCACUGUGCAGCUAAAGAUAACCUUAAACUCCUGAUCCUCCUCUCUCUACCUCUGAUAAUCGUGCUGCCAAGGCCCACUAGACAACUAACAUUUCUAGAACACUCUCUGUACUCUAGGCACAUUAUCAAAGUACUAUUUUGCAGUUCAAAAUACAGAGUUGGACUGAACAUAAUAACAUGUCUUAAAAUCCUAGCACUUGGAAGGACCCUAUCACAAGGCAAGAGAAUUGUAUAUAGUGACCCUGUCUACAAAAAAAACCACAAACCAAAUAAU